AUGGUGUCGGUUUUGGAUGCGUUUGGGAUCCAGGAUCCGUCGAUACUGACGGAUAGAGACCGACUGAUCACGUAUUUGGCGUUGGACAACAACAGAAACGAGGGCGGCGGGUGCUGCAGCGAGGCGCUGGUGUCUACCGUGGUGGCACUUGUAAACGUGGUUUACUCUAUGGAGAGUCGUCUCGAAGAAUUGGAGCGGGAAGCACCGAAAAGCGGCACGAGGCCUGCGACAGGUUUGAACUUGAAACGUGCCCGUGGGGCAGGCUCGUCGGAGACAGAGUCCGAGAGCAGGGGCAGCGGCUCUGUUCGUGUACACAGCGUGAAUGGGGAAGGUGCGGGUGAAAGCAACGGCGAAGAGGAUCUGGAGGAGCUUGGAGCUGAUGGCAGCCGGCCGGGGUACCGAGAGAGGGGGUUGGACGAGGAGGAUGAGGACGACGACGGCGAUGAAGAGGACGACGACGACGACGACGACGACGACGAGAACCAGCAUACGGAUGACAGCGAGGGAGAUCUAGACGACGACCUCAAUGCCGUUUUCGACUCGACGGGCGUGUCGGAUUUCACGGAGCAUCCUGUGCCGACAAACUUCACAUACAACUACAAGCCGCAGCAGGUGACGAACUUGAAGAUGCCGACAAACGUCCCAGCCGGCGAGAAGGUUGGCCGCACGAUAUCGGUGAUCAACUGGACCGACGUGCCGCUCAGCCAGAUUGCACUGAAGUACAACGUGUCCAAGUCUGUGAUUGGUCCGACGUUGCAGGUGCUGCGUGACUUUGAAAAGAGGAAUACGAAGGCACUACAGGAGAGUAUCAAGCGCAGCCGGGCCGCCACCGAGGAGAGGGAGCUACAGAAGGUAUCCGAGGAGAAGGCUCCGGCGGCAAUGGUUGGGACCGGGACUGUGAAGGAUGCUGUUUCCUCGAAGCCUGUGCGGAGUAGGAGGAGGGAGCUGAACGCCCAUAAGAUACGGCUGAGGCUGCGCAGCAAGCGGCGGCGGGGCAGCAGGCGAUCCGACGACCACCACGAUGAGUCAAGUUCGGAAAGUGUGUACGACCCGAACUACCGGUCCGAUGAGGAGGAAAAGGAAAACCGGAGGGUCGAAGAUGUAGAGGGGGAGAAGAGGGCGAAAGACGUCCCGAGCAAGCGCCCAGCUGCCAAUGGGAGCAGUAGCCUGCUGAACGGGGACGGGAACGAGAGCAGUGGCUUGAAACGGGUCAAGUUUGGCGAGAACAUAGAGCACAGCAAGGACCGCAGCCACCACCAGGGCAGCGGGGCAGUUCCCCAGACAGCGACCGGUGCAGACGUGCAGCCGCCUGUCAGCUCCAAGCACAGGCGUGAGCCCGGGGUUGGUUCGACUCUGUCGAACUCGUUGUACUCCCUCUUACAGUCUGCGUCGACCAGCCAGCCGGCGGACGAGCUUGUCGGGUCUGCGAAGCAGGCGACACAGGACCCGAGUGGGAACGGGUCCGUCCCGGUCUUUGCGUAUGCGCUCACCAGCAGCGGCCAGUACCAGUGCAAGAGCCAGGGAUGCGACGUGAAGCCGUUUGGCCAGUACAUCCAGCUGUACAAACACAAGGCGACGCAGCACCCUCAGGAGCUCCCGUCAUGA